AUGGAACGAACCAAGUCACUUCCAGUGACGCCAGCAGCUAUGUCACCUCCAUGUUCACCACAUCCAGUCGUAUCCAAGUACGUAGUGGGUGUGUGCGCUAUGGAGAAAAAGACGCGCUCGAAGCCUAUGCGCGAGAUACUGCGGCGCUUGGAAAAGAAGCGGCAGUUCGAUGUGUUUGUAUUUGACGACAACACAAUACUCAAUUGUCCUGUGGAAACGUGGCCAGUAUGUGAUGCACUUAUCUCAUUUUACUCAGCAGGUUUUCCACUGAGAAAGGCUGAGGAGUACGUGCGUCGUGUUCGUCCCGUCCUAGUCAAUGACCUGAGCAUGCAACACAUACUUUUUGACCGUCGCAAGGUCUACGCGCUGCUUACGCGACAUAAUAUUCAAGUCCCGCGUCAUGUCAUUGUAAAUCGUGAUAUACCUGGAGGCAAGCAAGAUGAUUUUGUUGAGCACGAAAACUAUGUAGAAGUGAACGGUGAACGCAUCAAUAAGCCGUUUGUGGAGAAACCAGCAAAUGCAGAGGACCACAAUAUUUAUAUUUACUAUCCAACAAGUGCCGGCGGUGGCAGCAAACGUCUGUUUCGUAAAAUCGGGGAUCGAUCGAGUGAAUUUUAUCCCGACGUUAAUUAUGUUCGACGAGACGCUUCGUAUAUCUACGAAGAAUUUUUGAAUACGCAAGGAACAGACGUCAAAGUCUACACAAUUGGGUCAAGUUAUGGGCAUGCAGAAGCCCGUAAAUCGCCGGUGCUUGAUGGUCGCGUUUUACGCGACUCAGCGGGCAAAGAAGUUCGUUAUCCAGUUAUUUUAAACUCGACCGAAAAGGAAAUGGCGAGGAAAGUGUGUUUAGCUUUCCAUCAAACAGUUUGCGGGCUUGAUCUGCUGCGUGUUCGAGGCAGUUCUUACGUUUGUGACGUGAAUGGUUGGAGCUUUGUUAAAAACUCGAAAAAAUAUUACGAUGAUUGUGGACUCAUUUUGCAUAAUUAUUUAGUCUCGGCAUUGCGAUCAAGGUACUUUCGCCAACGUCGUGCUAGUUCACUGACUUCGCUGAAUACACAAAUGUGUCCACAGUACGCUACAGAGCCCUGUGUCGCUGGUCAUGAUUGGCGCGAACAUACUCGAAAUCGUCAAAGCUCCGGAUCAGAUAUAUCGGAAUCAAGUGUCGCUAGUGCUAGCAGCACUGGCUUCGCACUUGACGACGAAAAUAACGAGGAGCUACGGUGCGUUAUUGCUGUCGUGCGUCAUGGCGAUCGCACGCCAAAACAAAAGCUGAAAACUAUUGUCUGGGAAAGAGAUCUUAUUGACUUUUACGAAAAACGACGCAGUGAACGCAAGUUUGAUGAGGUGAAGGUGAAAGCAGUUGCUGACCUCCAGGAGCUGCUUGACCUUGUACGUAGCCUCAUCAAGGCCUACGCUCCUGGUGUCGGCUCAAAAGAUGCAGUGUGGGAAGUCGAGGGUGGAGACAGUUUUGAAAAAUUAUUGCAGUUAAAGCGAGUACUGGAGCGAUGGAAAUUUUCCGGAAUCAAUCGCAAAGUGCAGUUUAAGCCACACAAGAGCUAUGCUGCUGCCACUGCUGCAUAUGCUGAUGCUCCAGGUGGGGCAGUGAAACCGAAAAUUCUUAUGAUUUUGAAAUGGGGAGGUGACGUUACAGAACGAGGAAAGAAGCAAGGCGAAGAGCUGGGAAAGUUGUUCAGAAACAGCCUUUAUCCAGUCGAAGUGGAAGAAGGGGGUUUACUUCGUUUACAUUCAACAUUUCGUCAUGAUCUCAAGAUCUUCACAUCUGACGAAGGACGCGUGCAGGUGACAGCAGCUGCUUUUGCAAAAGGAUUUUUAGAGCUGGAUGGCGAUCUUACUCCUAUUCUCGUCAGUCUGGUCACAACGUUGGGGAGAGACGCUAAUAAAAUGCUGGACCAUUCGGGGCAAGCUGAUGCAAACGAGGAAAUGCAGACUAUCAAGGUCAAACUUAGAGCGUUGUUGCAGCGAGAUUACUCUUCAAUGGACGAGAUGAAGGCUGCCAUUGCACCACUAAAGACAGAGUCAAUCAUUCAGGCGCUGGAUUUUUUACGCAAUCCGAAGGAAGCGUUGAUUAGCCUGUUGGAACUUGUUCGCAAGCUUCGGGCUGAAAUUGCUGAACGUGUUCAAGAUAAACAAUCUGAUGAAGUAACCCCCCUUUGCAUGGGUGAAACCUUUUCCCUCAUGUUCGAGCGCUGGGAUAAAAUCUAUCGCGACUUUUACUCGUCAAAGACGGAUACAUUUAAUCUUAGCAAAAUACCUGAUGUUCAUGACUGUAUUAAGUAUGAUCUACUUCACAACUCAUGCGUAAGAUGGAAAUGUGGUCUCGAGUUAUUCAAGCUCGCUGAGGCUCUUGCGCGGUGCUACGUGUCACAAGAAUAUGGCAUGGACAUCGCGGAGAAACAAUCCAUUGGCAACCGUGUCUCGCAAGCUCUAUGCGCAAAAAUUCGAGCAGAUAUUGUGACUGUUAUGUCAGCAUCUGCCGAACAGGAACACGUGUCUCUCUCAUCAGGAAAUUUGUAUGGCAAUAGCGACGUUGUCGAGGACGGCACGGCUGAUACUGGUGAUCAGGAUAUCGAGCACCACGGAUACCGAUUGGACCCUUCCUACGCAAAAGAAUUGCGUAUCAAAAGUCCUGGGACUCAGAUUCGUACGCGAUUGUACUUUACGAGUGAGAGCCAUCUACACACGUUGUUGAAUGUCCUGCGUUUCCAAUGCCCAUCAUGGCGCGCAAGGCAUGAAGGCGGCGAAGAUGACGAAUACGAUAUUUCGCUUGAGCAAGAGAAGUUCAGCAAUGAAAUAUUAAAACGCAUGGGCAUCAGCGUUAAUGAUCACAUGACACAACGCAAGUACGUCUAUCGCGAGUCAAAGCUCAUCUCUGAUAGCAGUCGACGAGCUUUAGACCGAGUUGCCGAGAUUAACUACCUCGCGCACAUCGUGAUCCGAGUCUUCGAAACCCCGUCGUUGCCAGAAGAUAGUGAGGACCGAUUUCGCGUUGAAAUCUCCUUUUCCCCGGGUGUAAAGGACGGCUUAGCAGACUCACCUGACGGUGCAGAUGGAGUGGAGGACAUGAUUUUCCUCACUAAGAAUAUGACUGGCGUCAUGUUUGAAGACAUGCUUGCGACUUGUGUCUCGUCCGUCCAGAGCUCGUCUGUUUAG